AUGCGAAGAUGGAGGAAGGAUGUGAAAAGAUGUCACACAAGGAUUGAAAUCAAUUAUGAAGGUUGUAGUCUCACACCUGAAGCACAACGAUGUCAUAAGAUGCAAAAGGCUUUUGAUGAGAUUAAGGAAUUGGCAAAUGAUUCUGACAAUAAGUGCAUGAUUGUGAUGACUUGGAUGGAUAAUGUAAAGGAGAAACUCUCCAAACAUAAUGUUAUUUGUGGUAGUGAUCAACCAACUCCUCAGUCACCUAUUGGUAGGAACAUUGAGAAUGAUGUUAGUUCAAUUCCGAAUCCAAGUCAACGUAUUCGUACUCCCUUAGCAGCUAGAAAGAAAGGCCGUCCACCAUUUAAAAGGAGGAAAUCUCAGUUGGAGCAAGCAGUCAAGAAGAAACAAGAUAGUAAAAAGAAGAAACAAGAGAGUAACAAGAAGAUCAAAUCUUGUGGAAACAACACUAAUGGAGAGAAACAAUUGAAUGAUUUGCAGCCAAUAGAUUUUGAUGAUAUUGGCCAUAUUGUUGGUUCAUCCACUUCUAAAGGUGAUGGUGUAGUUGGAACACAAGAGAGCAUUGCUAUGCAGGAAAAUAUGGCCACAUUUGUGGGUUUUACUCAAAAUAGUCAAUUAAAUCAAUUGUAUAGAGGGUAUGAGAUAGGACAUAUGGAUCAUCCAAUCCUUCAUGAGAAUCAUUUUCUGGAUCAUCAAUAUCAAUAUUGGAAUGAAGACUACAAUAUAUACAUGCCUGGCUUUAGUUCUGGAGGAAGUGGUGGCCAACGAAACUGA